GCAGUUCGUUCUGCGCCUUCGUGUAAACUGAAAACAUUUAACAUUAAAUGGGGUACAAUCAUUUAUUAGCACCACACAACACAACACGACGACAACAACAACAAUAACAACACAACUAAUAAACACACACAUAAGCGAUGUGGAGCACGAAGUAUGCAUAACUUAACUUGAGCGCAUGUUUCAUAAAAAAUAGUCACGAAUAAAAAAAUGUGUUAACGAAAUACGAAAGCGCACGAACUAAGCCCGAACAGACAGUCACAGAAGUACACGAUUCUAAAUAAGCAAGUGUAUGAUUUCACUUGUAACAGAAUUUCUGGAGCAGCAGACAUCAAAGUGAGGCCAACGGAAGCAGAUGACAGCAACGCACAACAAGCCAUUCGAGAAAAAAUAUUCAACAAAACCAAAUUGUGGCAUUAUCAAACGCAAUAGCAGCGCAGUAGCGUUAGUGGCAAAGCAAAGGCAGCCAAACAAGAAGCAGCAGCAGCAGUUGUAGUAGUGGAAUUAGGAAUACCCGAACGAACGACAAUAUUUGUUGUUGACUGGGGAUCACCGAGCAGCAUACGGCCGCAGGCAAUUUAUUCAUUGAAAUAGCGGCGCACAGCUGAGUAACAGUUCAGUUGCUGGCAAGUUGUCGGUGUGAGUGGUUGUGUAUGUAGUGGAUUUCUUGUGUGAACACAAUAUAAAAAUUAUUUUAAUUAAAAUUAGUAGCAAAAAACUAUAAAAUGUUUAAAGCAGUUUUAAUUGAAAGUGUAUUCGAAAUUAAUUAAGUGAAAUUGAUGUGAGCCAAUAAAUAAAAAAUUCAUGGCGAAAUCCAUGCAUAUCUAGGACAUAAAAAUUAAUAAAUUAAUUUGUUAAAACCGUUGAAAUCAUAUAAACGUGCCUUAAUAAGAAAUACUAAAAACACUUAAAAACACUUAAAAAUUGUGGAUGAAAUUUUGUAGAUUUAUUUUCAUAAUUAAAAUAAAAUAACUAAUUAUAAAUUUAAAAAAAGGAAAAACUGUACAAUUGAACACCUACAGGCAACCAUAAAAAUGCUAAAGCCAAGAAAAUCCGAUAAAUUGAAACCAAAAGUAAAAUCAACAAACCAAAUAGCUAGAUUUCCCCAAAGAUGAUAAUGUUGAGUUUACAAGUGGAUAUGUGCUACAUAACAUUGAGUUACACGUUUGUUUAGUCGACAACAAAUCCUCAGCAGUGCAAGCGCAAUUAUAGCAGAGUGGUGGAUCGUUGGAUUGUUAGAUUGGUGGAAAGAGAAUGGAUUGGAGAUAGACAAAAGUGGAAAGUUGACAAAAUUGCAAGAAGAAAAAUGUCAAACAUUAAAAAUCAAAUCCACAGCACAAACAUUUCAAGGAAGCGACAUUUGCCCACUUGAAUGCAGAGUACUAGAGCCCUUACAACCACCACUAACAUGGCCCAAGCAACACCAAUGUUCAGCUAGAACACUUCAACAGGCUCAUACAUACAUAAUCCUUAAGUCAAGUCAUGAAUAGUCUUGUUAAGACCUUAACGCUGGGGUAGCGUCAGUAUGGAACGGAACGAGCCACUAAGCAAGCAAAAAAGAAGGCUUAAAUACAGACAAAAGUAACAAAGCCACUAAAUGACAAACUCGCAAAUAAUCCAAAGGCAGCAAAAAAAAGCGAAACGAAAAGUGGAAAAAAGCAUAAAAUCUGUCUCCUUGUCAGGGCAGAAGUGCGAGACACAUAAGUACCAACAGCCAUCUACCAUCUACCAUCUGCCAACAGCCAACAGUCAACAUACCAAGUUCCUAAUAAAUGUAAAGUUGCGGAAACGGCUUAAGUGCAAUGGAGCAAGCUUAGCACAUACAAAAGGCAACCCAAAACAACAGUUAAGAAAUUGUGAAAGACAACAGUUCUCAAUGCAGAAAGUAGCUACACUUCAACGAGACCGAAAAACAAAGAACACAUGAAAGAAAUGCAGAGAAAUGCAAGGAAAGUAGCUAACACAAAAAAUUGUAUGAAAAGGAAGCGUGCUUGAGUUGCAAAAGGCUAUACUAAUGUUUGAAGAAGAAUUAAUUGUGCAUAGCAAGGCUUUGUGACAACAGAACAACAACUACAACAACAACAACAACGACGACGACAGCGCCAACUACAAACUCAAGAAGAAUGCCAGCAAACAAUGCCUACAACAGUGAGUGACGGGCACAAUAUUGUCACUGGCGAUAAUAAUUUUUACCACUCACACAUACACACACGCAUACAACUAUGCUCUCUCACUUCUGCUACUGCUGCUGAUGAUGAUAAAGCUGUCAAUGUAGCAGUAGCUUUUAUACUCAGGCAAAAAUGUCAGAAAAAAUAGCUUAGCGGCAAGGCCAUGUAUCUUGAAAUGCUUGAUUGCCAUGAUAUUGUUGACGCUGUCUCUGCUUCUCCGUCGAAAACAGUCAUAAUUUUAAAAGUUAUUAUAAAAAUUAUUUCUAAAGUUUGGUGAAUCAAACGAUGACUGAUGCAGGUCAAGUGCGCUCCGUGCUAACACAAGCAUUGAGGGUGUGGGAACGAAAUUCAAAAUUGACAUUUCGAGAGGUCUACAGCGAUCAGGCGGAUAUACAAGUACUCUUUGCCCGAGGUGAUCAUGGGGAUGGUUAUAAAUUUGAUGGCCCUGGGCAUGUAUUGGCACACGCUUUCUAUCCCGGCGUAGGGCGUGGCGGUGAUGCUCAUUUCGAUGAUGACGAAGAUUGGGUAUUUGGCGCCAACGAUAACCAGCAGGGAACAAAUUUUAUGGGUGUAGCAGUACAUGAGUUUGGUCAUUCGCUUGGUCUAGGCCAUUCAUCUGAUGAGAAAGCAAUUAUGAAUCCUUGGUAUCAUGGCUAUGAAAAUGAAAUUACUUUACCGGAUGAUGAUCGUAUUGCUAUACAGGAGCUAUAUGGAUCUAAAGAGAAGACGUGGGGACCAUUUAAGCCACAACGUCCAAGAGUACCGCCAACUACUACCACCACCACCACAUCAACAACAAUGCGCACAUUAAUCUACUACCCUGACCGCAGAUAUCCUGAACACCCACGUUAUCCACAUAAUCCACAUUAUCCCUAUGGCGAUCCCAACGAUCCCAGACGUCAUCAUCAUCAUUAUAAUCGCAAUCGUGAACCACUAACUACUACUACCACUACCACAUAUAGACCACGUACAUACCCUCCUCCACGUCCACCCAAACCAACACAAAAGCGUACUUAUGCCACAGCCAAGCCAAGAAAAUUAAAGCCAGAUAGUUGCACGACUCACUACGAUGCCAUAUCAAUGAUAAGAAGAGAACUCUUCAUAUUUCGUGGACAGUUUCUAUGGCGCAUUGGCGAUCGUGGUUUAUAUUCUGGUUAUCCCACCGAAACACGCCGUCUCUGGUCGUUGCUACCUGAAAACUUUACGAAAAUUGAUGCCGUCUAUGAAAAUCAUGAACGUAAAAUUGUUUUUUUCAUAGGCCGUUACUAUUAUGUAUUCGAUUCAGUUACAUUAGAACCUGGCUACCCACAACCAUUAACCUCACUCGGACUACCAUAUUCAUUAACGCACAUCGAUGCUGCCUUUAUUUGGGGCCACAAUAACUUCACUUAUCUCUUCAGUGGCACGUUAUAUUGGCGUCUUGACAAAGAGACUGGGCGUGCAGAACUGGACUAUCCACGAGAUAUGUCAAUUUGGGCAGGUAUAGGUUAUAACAUCGAUGCUGCAUUCCAGUAUACCGACCGAAAAACGUACUUUUUCAAAGGACUGGGUUAUUGGGAAUUUAAUGACGAUCUCAUGAUGGUAGCCCAUCCCAAAUUGAAAGUAUCUGCACGUAAAUGGAUGAACUGCCCGAGACGUGUCAAUGAAGUAGACGAAGAACAAGCGUGGACAGAUCAACUAAUAUCUGAACGGAAUCAAAUGGAUCAUAAUCAAUCAACAGAAAGUGCUGAAAGUAACGGCGUACGUUUAAGCAAUUCUGAGCGAGGGUCUGUGGUGCAACUUUUAAUAGUUGCUUUAGUGGUGCUUUGGUCGCAAUUAACUUUUAAAAGAUGAAUAGACGAAUACUAACACUAACCUUAACUACUUAGUUUUAAUUAAUUUAAGUGCAAACACAGAAAGACGUUUGACAUGUCUCGUUAUUUAAAACAAUCGCCUUAAAAUUAAAUUAACGAUUCUCGUCAAGCGCCACAUACAAAACUAUUCAUUCAUAUUUUUUAUACUAUUUUUUGAAAAAUGUACGUCAUCAACACAUAUACACAAAACGCCUUAUAAUGUUUAUAAUUAAAAUAUAAUUAAGCUUAGUUUUACUUAAAAAUAUAACUAGGAACUUAAUUUUCAUAAACACUUUACCACGAAAUUGCCUACAAAAAUUUGUGCGUGCAUAGCGAUCAGCGAUCAAUAUGACGUAACUGAAGCUAUAUAACUGAUCUGUUGAUCUAUUUGGGCUACAAAAAUCGACGCGAAUAAUGGCCCAAAUUGAUUUACUAAAAGGUUCUGGAGAGAACCUGUAGAAGUAUAAGGUUUUGUCGCUGGUCGCUUGUAUUAGCAAAUAUAAUAAUUAAAAUUUAAGAUAUAACCACUAAAACGAUAUUAUUGAGUCUGGCCUUAAAUGUGCGUUACGCAUUUUUAUAACUAAACUGACAGCCCGCAAAGCCUUAACCAAAUCAUCCUGAAAGUUAUCAAAUAAAAGUGAAAAACACUGAGGUUCUUACAGUUUAUACUUUAAUUAUUACAUAAGUAGAUCGUUUCUUACCUAACGACCUUCAAUCGCCUUAAACUGAUCUACAAACAAAUAUAUAUAUAUAUAUAUAUAUAUAUAUAUAUAU